AUGGACAAGGACGCUGAACUUAACGAAUCACUACUUGAAAAAGAUUAAAACUUAGUGAAAACUUCAUUUGCUAUCAAUAAUCAUGACAACCAUUUAACCAAUAUGACAUUUUUAUCAUCCAAUUGGCAUUAUUAUACAACGAAUCCCCCCUCAAUAAUAUAUAUACCUAAAGUUUAUUGGGGUACAGCUCUCAUGUGCUCUUUUAUAUGGGGGACUUCGAAUUUUAUCUAUGGAUUACUUCAUGACAAGGGCUUUGCUGUGGUUUGUUUAUCAUGGACUGGCUUCAUAACAUCAGGUCUGAUAUACAAACUCUACAUGCUUUUCACCCUUUCACCUCACCUAAAUAGACAUACCAUUCACGAUAGUUUCUUUGGCGAGGUAAGAAAAAGGGGUAACAAUAUUCACGUCACGAUUAGAUCAAUCAAUUUUUUCCUUCUAAUUUGGAUAGCUAUUUUAAUGGCAGAAAAUACUCAAGCAGCUGGUAUCAACCAAGGUGUAAUUGCUUGUAUCUUUUGCUUGAGUUCAGUAAUUCAAGGGUACGCUUUCUACUGGUUAUUCGGGGAAAAAUUCUCCAAACAUUUUAUUUUAAGCAUGAUUAUGAUACUAACAGGAAUAAUGAUAAUCGUAGUAGAAGAUAAUCACCUAUUAUAUAACUCUAUGGAACUUUCACCUGUCAAAAAAAGUGAAAGUGAUAAAAUAAAUUGUAAGUACACUGCUAUAGUUUUAGCAUUCUUAGCAGCUUUUAUGAAUACUGUCAGAGUUAUUUAAGCAAAACACCUCUAAAAAAAGAGAGGUUACGAUCCUGUUUAAUUUCUAAAUGAUAGCGCUUUGGUCUGCGGUGUGUUCAUGCUUGCAAUAUCAGGUUACUUCUACAUGAUUCAACACCCAGCAUAUACCCUUAAGAAUUUCUUUAUAAGCUUCAUUGCUAGUACUUUGAUGCAUCUCUGUACUAUGAUGGGUAUCAUUGCAACGGUAAGAGGCCAGCCUGGACCAGCUUCAGCUAUUAUUUACUCUAACUCAGUGUUUUCCCUAUUUCAUAUAAUAGUAUUUAUUGGUCUUAUUCCUACUAUUUACUAAUUUCUUGGAAUGGGAUUGACAAUAUUUGGAGUAUUUGUAAUGAUGAUAAUCAAAUGA